AUGGACUGGAACACUGCAGAUCUCAAUAGCUGGCCAGCCAAACUUGUGACCCGCGUUGGUAGGAAGCUACGCAACAACAAAGCCUUCACCGAGGAGACCAUAGCCAGGAAUAAUGCUCGAGAUGUUGAGAGGCGUCGAAAACGUGAGCACGAGUAUGCCCGGCGGAACCACUGGGAUAAACCAAGACCAUCGCACGAUACUGGUCGAAGUUCUGAUAAUUCGCGAAAAUCUGGCGACGAUGCAAACGAGCUCGGCGAACGCGAGUACUCCAUGUUCAGCGAUGGGUCUACGCUCGUCGACAGACCUGACCAUACAGACAUGAUGCAUCGGCUAGCACAUCAUGACUCGUUCGACUCGCUCGUUGAUCAGACAGUCGAAGCGCACGAUGUCAAGGAUCCAUACUUCGACUCAAGAGAAGAUGCCGAACGAUUGCGACGAGUGUCCACGAAGCAUGAGAAGCUGGCAUCGAGCCUUCCAGAAGACUUGUGGCAAAGGAUUGCUGGGUUCCUUAAUGCUGCAGAUCAUGCUUGUUUGGCGCUGUCGAGCUCUACUCUACGCGGCAGACUCGGCGCAGGACCGUUCCAGGCACUCAAUAAGCUCGAGAACAAGCAUCACAAGAUAGCCUUCCUGCAAAGCAUGGAUCGUCAGCUCCCUCUCCAUCUUCUUUGCUUUGCUUGCGGCCAGUAUCAUCUACGGAUGCAUGCCGGUCAAGAGUCCCUCAAAGCUGAUUAUGUUGCAAAUCCGAUGUAUAUUUGUCCCAAUGUCAAGACCACAGUACUUCCACGCAUGCGGCUGGCGCCAGGACGUCAACUACCAUACAGCUUCGUUCAGCUAGGCCUCAGAGAACAGCUCGGCCAAGGUUUCGGCAUAUCUCACGAGUCUCUCGAUCGGAAGUGGACCCAUUCUAGCGGCUAG